AUGGUCUUAGCUGCCAUAAAAGAGGUGGAAGCUAGAGCUACUGGAGAGAGCGGCGGUAGUAUAACAGCCGUGGCAAAUGAGGCGGUUACUCGUAACAAAAAGAUAGGUAAAGAAGAUGAGAAUAAGAUUCAUCUGCGCGAUAUUAUCGCGGAGAUUGAUGUGAAGAUAACAAGAGAUAGAUCAGUAACAAGUGAAGACGCGGAAGCAGUGGUUCAGGCUGAGCUCACUCAUCCUCCCUACAACCAUAUUAUUCCUGGAGGCGUCGCUGAGUCUGUCACUGCAGCUUAUAGAUUAAAUCGCAGUCCCUCUCUAUGA